AUGUCGACUUUCUUCUACGGCGGUCAGCAUCAUCAGCAACAACACCACCAAGUCCAACACCCUCACCCAAUGCCUCAAUCCCAUAACCAUCAUGGACGCUCCAGGAGGGCACCACGCUUAUCCUCGGCUCAAAACUCACACCGUCAGUUUCGUGGCCCCAAGAUCGUUAAGGAGGUCGUCGUUGCGGAAGCUCCCAGCAUUACUGCCUACCGAGCAAGAUUUGAGGCUGGCCGUUCAUUCGAUAUCGAUGACGACCUUGAAUUCUGUCCAAAUCUCUUGACAUUUGAUGAGGUUUGUGCCGAUUUUUCUGACCCAACAAGAUUCCUUGCUGACCUCGAGAAGCGACAGUCGGUGACUUCAGGAUCUGAUCGUUCCUCACUGUCCAGUGGUUCUCCCAGCUCGUCUCCUCUUCAAACCCAGAUCCAACCUCAUCAAAUCACUCCAUCCCUGUCCAUCUCCUCAGCUGCCACGUCUGCAUAUAUGUCACCUCCAAACUUUACCGGCAAUAACAGCAGCCUUAAAAUUCACCAACCUUCCGCUAUUCGCUCAUCUCGCACGAGCGCCAUUCCCAUUGUAAAUCCCUCUACCGGCAACCGCAUUGCAAGCCCACCAUCGUCCAUCUCCCCUGGUAUGAUGCAGCAGACAACCAUGGCUCGUCGCUGGUAG